AUGCAGGACAACAAGUUGAUUUGCACCAACUGCAAGAAGAACAAGCCAACGUUCUUCAAAUCGUCAAAACGUUUUAGCAAAUAUUGCACCGAUUGUUUCAAAUUGGACCAUGUCAAGAAGCAGAUCAAGAAGGAGAAGGAGACAGCUGUGAAGAAGAAGGAUGGAAAGAAGAAGGAUGAUGACAAAAAGAACUCUGACACUGAAGAAGAAAAGAAGCUGAAGAAAAAGAGCUCUUUCUCUAAGACUAAGGGGAAGGGUAAGGAGACAGCUGCGCACAUCAGUGACUGCGGCAUCCACUCGGAGAGUGAGCCUGUAGCAUUCGAGUCAGAUGAAGAAGAUUUGGCCGAGAUCCUCUCAAGGCUCAGGCGCCUGAGGGCCAAUGGAUCCAGUUCAUCAAGGAAGGUGGGAGAGGGCUCUUCAAAAAGGAUCUGA